AUGUCGUCUAGGCCUCCGUCACGCGUCGUCUUUGUCGGCAACAUCCCUUACGGGCUGUCCGAGGAGCAAAUCACAGACAUCUUUUCGAGCGCCGGCAAGGUCGAGCGUUUCCGCCUCGUCUACGACUCCGAGACGGGUCGUCCCAAAGGCUUUGGCUUCGCAGACUACCCCGACACCGACUCUGCCGCGUCUGCCGUCCGCAACCUGAACGACUACGAGAUCAUGGGCCGCAAGCUGCGCGUUGACUUUAGCAACGAGCAGAAGAGUGGUGACGAUGACAACAACCAGACCUCAAUACAUGUACCCACUGCCGCCAACGGUGCAGGACCCAGCGCGUACGGCUCCCAAGCCAGCUCUCUGCCACCGCUUCCGGCCGGCAAGGAGAUUCCCCCGGGCCUCACCUGCACCGAUGCCAUCUCCCGAACCCUCAAUACCCUGCCCCCGCCGCAGCUCCUCGAUAUCCUCGGGCAGAUGAAGGCGCUUGCCACGUCCGAUCCUCAGAGAGCCACCGAACUCCUACAACAAGCACCCCAGCUCACCUAUGCCGUCUUCCAAUCCUUGCUCCUCAUGGGCCUCGUGUCGCCCGAAGCGAUUCAGUCCGUCUCCGAGCCGGGUGCGCCCCCUGCCGUGCCACAGCCAGCGGCCGGCUUCCCCGCCCCCAUCCCCGGGUACCCCGCCGCGAACAACACACCGCCGGUCGCAGGCGCACCGUACGCGCCGCCCCCCGCAGCUGCUCAGGGCUACGGCGCUCCAGCGCCAGCUGCUGCCCCGCAAGACACGGAUGCUCUGAUACGACAGGUGAUGGAAUUGCCCCAGGCACAGAUCGACUUGCUCCCAGAAGCCGAACGACAACAGAUUCUGGCCCUCAGGGCGACCUUUGGUGCCCAACAGCGCAGAUGA